ACGUCAUGCCGUAUUCCGUGUUUGCGAUGUCGUGGCGCUAGUUGAUGCUGGAGAUCACGCAGAGCGACUUUGUGGAAAUUUCAUUUUAUAUUGAACAGAAGGGAAGUAAUCAUUCGUAAACGCUUGAACAAGUCCUUGACGAGCAAGCAUGAGGCGUGCUGGUUUAGGAGAUGGGGCGCCCACGGGGAACUAUGUUCCAAGUGGAUACAGUGUCUAUGAGGAGGAAAAUGACAAGUUAACCGAUAGCCUGAAAGCAAAGGUCAACGCUUUAAGAACCCUGUCUAUUGACAUUGGAACAGAAGUAAAAUUUCAAAACACGAUGUUGGGACAAAUGGACACAGAUUUUGACUCGACAGGUGGUCUGUUAGGUGCCACUAUGGGCAGACUGAAACGACUAUCUAGAGGAAGUCAAACAAAGCUUUUUUGCUACUUGAUGUUAUUUGUACUGUUUGUUGUGUUUGUAUUAUAUUGGAUUAUAAGGUGACAGUAAAAAUGCUGAAUAAUUACUUGUCAAUGUGUACAGAUUUAAUUUACAUUUAGAAAUAUUAUUUUCUUUAUUGCAGCUGUCUUCUGUGCUAUACAGAAACUAUAUGAAAGUGAAAAAGUACAUAGCCUUCACAACCCUGAACUUGAGUGAAAGAAGGUUUGGUAAUGGAGAAAUUUGCGUAUAGUUCCAUGCAAAAGCCAAAUUGCACAUUUUGUUGACAAUUGAAGUAAAAACAGAAAACAAACAAAGUUAUAUUUUUAUCAGUAUUAAAGUACAUUUACAAUUUAUUUGACUAUGUGAAAAAUAAAAGAAAUAAGAGUACUGUAUAUGUGGCAUUUCCAAAGGUUUGGACACUUCACUAAGUCAGUACUAGGUAACACCCCCUUUGGCAAAAGUCACCUCUUGCAAACUCUUUUGUAGCCAGUUAGGAGUCUUUGAAUUCUAGUUUUAGAAAUUUUUCCCCAGUCUCCCUUGUAGAUCAUUUCAGCUCUGAGAUAUUCUUGGGCUUUCUUGCAUGCACAGCAUGUUUAAGAUUAACCCACUGAUUUUCAAUAAUGUUCAAGUCUGUGAACUGCAAGGGUCAUUCUAAAACAUUCUCGAAUUUCUUGAGGUACUUAAUGGUAUGUUUAGAAGUGUUUCUGGGUUGUGGGUCUUGUUGUUCAAGCUAUCUUCUGACAUUCUCCUCACAGAUUUGCUGAUUUUGAGUGGAAUCCAUUCUUCCCAGUACUCACAGUAUUUUCUGUGUCGCUGGUUGCCGCACAAACCCAAAUAGAUCCAGCCCCAUACUUGACAGUUGGCAAGGUGCUGUUUUCUUCAAAUGCUGCCCUGUGGCCAAAACGUUUGAUUUAUAACUUCAUUUCUACACAACACUCGCAUCUUAUGUACUGUAUAUAUUGUUUUGCACACUUAAGGCAUUGUUUAUUUUUACAUCACAGAUAAGGUUUGCUUCUAAUACAUCUUGCAUGAAGGCAGUGUCUGUAUAAGUGACGCUACACAUGGAGCAGUACACCACCACUCCUUCCUUGCUUUGACUUCCCUUCCUGCACAAUAUGCAAACUGCUCUAUCUGUCAGUUUUCAUCCCCAUUCACUGUUAAUGUUUCAGAUGGUGGAAGUUGCUAGCUGAAAGCAAAUUGCCGUUUUUUAUAGCUUUUAUUUGCUUUGUAUGCUUCAGUUAGUUUAAUUUUCAGAUCCUCAGUCAGUUGCUUAGAAUAGCCCAUGGUGGUUGACUAUUACACAUUGUGUUAGUCACCAUAGUAACACCAUAACUGAAUGCGUGCCCAAACCUUUGCAAAUUUCACAUUUACUUUUUAUUAUAUAUAUAUUUUGCACUUCAUCAAAUAAAUCAUAACUGUGCUUUAACAGUUUUAAUAAAAAAAUUGUUUGUUAUUGAAGUUGUAUUUACUAUAUAUAUAUAUAUAUAUAUAUAUAUAUAUUUUUUUUUUAAUUCAAAUAUCAACAAGAUAUGCAUUUUGCCCAAGGGUGUCCAAAUUUGUGCAUGCAUUUGUAUAUUAUAUGCACAAUUUGAAUUUAUUUUUUUCCAUCAUACUUUAAUUGUCUGCACUCCCCUUAAAAGAAUCAUAAUGUAUUUUUUUCAAACAAAGAUUUUAUUGUUAAUAGUAUACUAUAAUAUUUUUGCUGAAUGGUAAGAUGAAAUUCAAAAGAAAAAACUUUCAUUUCAAUAUUUAGUUUGUAGGAAGGGAGGCAAAUUUUGAACUGUAUCAUCUAUCCUUAAAUAGAAAACAAAAGCAUAUAGAAAUUGUAGUUUUAGAUUUUUUUUUGAAGGGUUUAGUACUGCAGGACUUAAAGAAGUUUUAAUAUUAACACUUGUAACUAGUUUUGGUAAUUUGAUAAACAGACUGUAUUCAAAAACUAAACCAGCAGCACAAAUAAGCCUUAUUAACAGUUAAACAUUCAUAAAUGUGCUGAUAAAUAACUGUUGUAAUAUUUGAUUUCAGAAGCUCCCAAAUUGCUAAAUGACUAUUAUGUACAAUAGGUACACUCUGUUUAAUAUAAUUAAAAUGUAUUUAAUCUGAUACAACUGUGAUUUAAUGAUUUUUUGAUUUAACAUUAACUGCUUCUAAGGUGAAAUAUUCUGGUUGUAUUAGUUUAGUUUCAUAUGCUUGUAUAUGAAUUUUGGAACAAGAUUUUAACGGGGCUCUAAAGCAGGACUGCCCAAGCAGUGGCCUGCAUGGCAGAAUUGGUCUGUUGAUACCUUUCUUUUGGCUCACAAGACGUCUUCUGAAAUUAUACUUGUUGUAUGCCACCAAUAUAAAUAUGCACAAAAAAUGCAUACAAAUUUUGGAUACCACUGGCCAAAUUACAUAUUUUGUUCAGCAAACAAACUAAAACAAUUGCAUUACAGUAUUACAAUGUUAAUAUACAGUUUAUUAACCUAUAAAAUGUAAAAAUAAAUGUGUUAGUAAAUGUUUGCCCACCCUACUAAGUCAGUACCUAUUAACACCCCUUCUACCUAAAAUCACAGCUUGCAAACAUUUUUUUAAAUUUGUUUUCAUUUCAUCAAAUAAGUUGUUAACCAUACAUUGAUAUUUUUAUAAAUAUGUCAUUGUUUUAGUUUACUGUACUUUUACUACUCUUGCUUCUGAUUUCAACAAAAUAUGUAAUUUGAUUAGGGGUACCCAAAUUUUUUCAUUGAGGUCAGUAUUCAGGAUCUGCUUCUCUCAGUACAGACACAUUUCGAGUUAAGUAAUAGUUCUGUUCUAGAAACCCUAAUGAAACUAGAGGUUUAUGAAAGUUGAAAUUGACUCCACUCAGCACCUAUUAAUAACACUGCCCAGGAUAUGCAUAUACUGUAUGUGUAUAGUACUGCAAUAAGUCAAUGAACAUGUUAUUUUUUUUUUAAUUUUAAACUAGGGGGCUUUGCUCCCCCCCCCCAAACACACACACCAGCUUUACAUGCGGUUGUGAUGAGAGGGGCUGAAUGCCCCCCAAGGAGACGUGGUCGCUCCUCUGAAAUCCCUCUUAAAUGGUGAUGCAAUGGGAAACAGUUUUUUUUUUUAUUUAUUUUUUUUUUUUUUCCUCCUCUUUUUACCUCUGGCUUGCUGCUGCUGCCGCCGUGCUGUGUCAUCUGCAUCUUGUGCAGUGCUUUGAACAUUUAAAAGCCUGUACAGCAGCAGUCCUUUUGUCUCACUGCCUUGUCUCUCUUCUCCCCCAGACAUCCUCAAAUUCUAUUUGAUCUCUUUUCGCUGUUCCGUUGUUUCACCGAGUAAUAUUUUCCAUUUGUUUGUGCUAAUGCGAUCUUUUUAUUGUCAUUUUUUUUGAGACUUCAAAUUUUCUUACUUCCAUUAUCUCUAACCUGCUCUGCAUGUGUAUCACGCCAACGUUUUUGAAUUCUUUACAUCAUUCUACUUUGUCUUUUUCCGGCCCCAGCCGUGGUUAAAUCUCUUGUUACAAAGUCUAGUCUCGCAGGACGUGAAAGUGUCUUUCUGAGAAGAUCACGUCUCGUCUCUCUGAACAGGUCUCGUCACAUCCCAAGUUUUUUUUAUAUAAUAGAAAGAAAUGUUUAAAUAACGUUUGCUUAUUCCUUAGUUUUAUUGUUUUGGCUUCUCCAUAAGUAUUAUUGAAGCUCACUGUAGGCAGUCUUAUUUGAAUGACUGUGACUGAGAACGUAGAUGUUAGAUGAGAAGAAUGAGGAUAUCUAGCAAGAGGCAAUAUACAGAGUAAAACUUUUUUAGCAACAGAUUGCUAGCAAAAACAAAAGAAAACUGAAAGCUGAAGGUGAAAAAGUACACAGCAUGAGAACUGCCCUGUGGUAUUGUGAAAUCUUCAGAGUUAAUGCAGACUUUAACUUGGAAAUUUUAUUACUGGAGUUACAAAUAAUUUGUGUAAACCUGACAUUAUGUAAAUUGCAUAUUUUUUAACCCAAGAAAUGUCUAUAUCUGUGCAACAUUACACUAAAUGGCAGAAAAUGUGCACUUUAAGAACAUGUAGGAAGACAUGUUACAUGAAUUUUUUUUUUUUUUUUUGACAAGCCAACCACAGCUUCCCCACAGCAACAACUUCCCACCCCUGUCCAUCUGUAUUUUCUUGUCACCUUAACUGUGAAAGGUAGAUGAAGUACAAGGCUGUUGUUUACUUGACGUUUUAAUUCUGUUCCUUAGAAGCCCAGUUCACUGCACAGAAGUUAUUUCUUGAGCCACAAAAUAUUGAGUUAGGUUGGAAAUAUGUUUCUAGUUGUCUACCAAGUGCUGUGUAAAUUCACAGACCCUAACAACAAAAUCCACACAUUUUUUGGCUGUAUUUUGGUUGCCCCAUUUGUGAUUGUUGUGAAUUUGAGCUUAGUUUAUUAGCUGACAAUGAUACACAAGUUGCAUCUUAGAAUUGGGAUGCCUGAUUUAUGGCUGUUUGUGCUAAAACUGUUAAACACUUAUUGCCACAAGCAAAAUUGAGUUGGCCUCCUUAAUAAUCAAUGGCUAUGAAAGUAAAGGACAUAUGUCUGAUGUGUCAAUUUAAUAGGCUUAAAAUGAUCAUUUUUAAGAGCCUCUUCAAUGUUUGCAUAGUUCUUGUUAGAUGUCUCUGUAAAUGUGUAUUUUGACAUGAAUCAAGGUAUACCUUCUGAUAUGGCAGGUAUAUGUCCUGCUUGUCAAUGUUUUCAUUGCCUACUGUAUCUGCAGUGACACAAUGCUUAAACUGGUUUGUUGUAGUGUAAAUAAUACUAAUUUAUUAAGCAACUGUAAAAAUUCAAACUGUUUUAGUGUGCAUUUUGUUCCUUGACUCCACACUGCCACUGUUAUACUGCAGUGAUGCUCGACCUAAACGUUCAUGUAUAGAUAAGAGUGCUAAAACAGAAGUAAUUAACACAAUCUCGAGAAACUUUAGCUAGGAACAAUUCAUUAAAAAAAUGUCUUUUAGUGGCCACUGAGUAUAUGUGUUUUGAUAGAAAAUCUAACAUUUUGAAACAAAUAUGCCUAUUUUGUAGUAACUGUAAUUUGCCACAGUAAGUACAUGUUAUACGACUUAGAAAACUGCCAUCAAAAGCAUGGCUAUGUAAGUUGGAGACUGAAAGUCUGAGCUGCCAGUGUUUUAUUAUACAUUUCAGUUGAACUAAUUGUUGGUUAUUCAGUUUGAAAAAUGUUUACUAUUGCUGCUUUAGGUAUUUGUUCCCAUGCAGUUUUAUAAAACUUGAACAUUAAUAUAUUUUAACAUAAUCUUUGACACAUAAUUUAACAUACAGGUGGAACCAUUGUAAUGGGUAACAUUAGUAACCCCACUUACUUUUGGCCCCCUUCUCCUAUCCUGGUAAUUUGUGUUUCUACUCACUAAGCCAGAUAUUUUGGGCACCCUUGCCUUAAACUAUUUGUAUUAUUUAUUUAUUUAUUUAUUUUGGUAAUAUAGUUUGAUACUUGAAUUUCGGUGGUCAUUGUUUUUGGCGAGAAUAAAAUAAUUUGUGCCAAAAUAUAACCAUAGAAUAAAUAACUGAUGGUUUCAUAUAACAUUUUAACAGAAAUAUAAUAAUGGAAAACGCUGGCUAUAAAAACCUGUGUACCUAGUAUUAUUGUAAAAUUUAGCUUUUAAUUUUAACAUAAAUUUAAAGAGCACUGUCAAUCUCUUUUACCGUGUUUUUAUAUAAAAUAUAUAUAAUAUAAAAAAUAUAAUCUUUACAUUGGUUACAGUAAAUAUUACAGAACAGAUGGUAAAUUUGAAACUUAAGGGUUGUGAUCACCAAUGCAUUUGUUUUUUGAUGACUUGCAAAUUCUUCACUCUGUUUCCAAAAGAAUCUGAUCAAGUUUCCUCUCUUGAUUUCAUCCAUGACCAAGUAUUUGCUUUUUAGUUUAACUCGAUUCUGACAGCCAUAACUGGAAUCAAAUGAUGCCACACAAUAAAUAUAAGGAUAUACUGUAAAGUAUUAUACAAGGUAAUAAAAUACUCUCUAAAAUCAGUAGAUAGAUGCACAGAAACCACAUCAGCUGUAAUUAAAGUGAUCUAAGAUUCAGAAAAAUUAAUUUAUAAUUGAAAAGUUCAUGAUGACUUUUUAAUAGCCAUUAUCUCAAUUUACCCAGAGUGAAAAUUUGAUAAAGUACACAUAUUCCAUGCUUUCCAUAAUACUGUAUAAUGAGUGGUUAUAAUUUUGAGAUAAGAAGCUGUGAAUUAUGAGUUAGAAUUUGUUGGCUCAUUUAUAAAUGUGGUAGGAUUAAGUGUUAUUUUAAUGUGUCGACUGUGCUACAGCACCACUUGAGGUUUUAAAGUCAAGCCAAGCACACGUGUAGAUUAGUGAGCAGCACAUCCACUGUAUACAGAUGCUGGUCAUAAAAUUAGAAUAUCAUGACAAAGUUGAUUUAUUUCAGUAAUUCCAUUCAAAAAGUGAAACUUGUAUAUUAGAUUCAUUCAUUACACACAGACUGAUGUAUUUCAAAUGUUUAUUUCUUUUAAUGUUGAUGAUUAUAACUGACAACUAAUGAAAGUCCCAAAUUCAGUAUCUCGGAAAAUUAGAAUAUCAAUUAAGACCAAUGCAUAAAAAGGAUUUUUAGAAAUGUUGGCCAACUGAAAGGUAUGAACAUGAAAAGUAUGAGCAUGUACAGCACUCAAUAUUUAGUUGGGGCUCCUUUGGCCUGGAUUACUGCAGCAAUGCGGCGUGGCAUGGAGUCGAUCAGUCUGUGGCACUGCUCAGGUGUUAUGAGAGCCCAUGUUGCUCUGAUAGUGGCCUUCAGCUCUUCUGAAUUGUUGGGUCUGGCGUAUUGCAUCUUCCUCUUCACAAUACCCCAUAGAUUUUCUAUGGGGUUAAGGUCAGGCGAGUUUGCUGGCCAAUCAAGAACAGGGAUACCAUGGUCCUUAAACCAGGUACUGGUAGCUUUGGCACUGUGUGCAGGUACCAGGUCCUGUUGGAAAAUGAAAUCUGCAUCUCCAUAAAGUUAGUCAGCAGCAGGAAGCAUGAAGUGCUCUAAAACUUCCUGGUAGACGGCUGCAUUGACGUUGGACCUCAGAAAACACAAUGGACCGACACCAGCAGAUGACAUGGCACCCCAAACCAUCACUGACUGUGGAAACUUUACACUGGACCUCACGCAACGUGGAUUCUGUGCCUCUCCUCUCUUCCUCCAGACUCUGGGACCUUGAUUUCCAAAGGAAAUGCAAAAUUUACUUUCAUCAGAGAACAUAACUUUGGACCACUCAGCAGCAGUCCAGUCCUUUUUGUCUUUAGCCCAGGCGAGACGCUUCUGACGCUGUCUCUUGUUCAAGAGUGGCUUGACACAAGGAAUGCGACAGCUGAAACCCAUGUCUUGCAUACGUCUGUGCGUGGUGGAUCUUGAAGCACUGACUCCAGCUGCAGUCCACUCUUUGUGAAUCUCCCCCACAUUUUUGAAUUGGUUUUGUUUCACAAUCCUCUCCAGGGGGCGGUCAUCCCUAUUGCUUGUACACUUUUUUUCUACCACAUCUUGUCCUUCCCUUCGCCUCUCUAUUAAUGUGCUUGAACACAGAGCUCUGUGAACAGCCAGCCUCUUUAGCAAUGACCUUUUGUGUCUUGCCCUCCUUGUGCAAGGUGUCAAUGGUUGUCUUUUGGACAACUGUCAAGUCAGCAGUCUUCCCCAUGAUUUUUGUAGCCUACAGAACUAGACUGAGAGACCAUUUAAAGGCUUUUGCAGGUGUUUUGAGUUAAUCAGCUGAUUAGAGUGUGGCACCAGGUGUCUUCAAUAUUGAACCUUUUCACAAUAUUCUAAUUUUCCGAGAUACUGAAUUUGGGACUUUCAUUAGGUGUCAGUUAUAAUCAUCAAUAUUAAAAGAAAUAAACAUUUGAAAUACAUCAGUCUGUGUGUAAUGAAUGAAUCUAAUAUACAAGUUUCACUUUUUGAAUGUAAUUACUGAAAUAAAUCAACUUUGUCAUGAUAUUCUAAUUUUAUGACCAGCACCUGUAUAUUAGAGAGAGUGCCAGUCUCGAGGAGGCUUGAUCUCCUUGUAGAGAAAGUAAUCAAACCUUGUUGAAAUUCAAAAUUGAAAUAAAAAUCUAAAAAUGAUCUCACAAAACUUUUCAUUUAUGGAAGCUGGUUUCUUUAGCAUGUAAAAACCUUAUAUUAAUAAUUAAUCAUUUUUUUUAUUUAAAAUUGUUUGUUUAGAAAUGUAUUAUGUUACCAGGAUAUUUUUUUAAAUAUUGUAAGACUUCUCAGUCAUGGAGCAGUGAGUUGCCACUUUUCCAUUCCAUUGUUACUGUAGCUGUUAUUAAUUUAUUUCUCAACAUUUACUGUAUAUACUAUUACUAGAGAGAACCUGUUAUAGUUUGCUUUUUUUAUUUCGUUAAACAUAAGUAAAGCAUUUUGCAUGUCUUUAUGAGUGUACACAGUCUUUUAGCUGCUAUUGUACAUUGCUGUUGACUGGUCCAUCCUGCAUGCUAAACUAAAGCCCUCCAGUAUAUUCUACUUAUUAAGAAGCCUGUGUUGCACUAUUCAAAGUGAGUACUUGUUGAAGCCUCCUUUCCAGAACUAUAUCUUGUAACAUUCUGUACGGUUUUAUCUUUCAGCAGUAACACUUGAGUUCUGACUUAUUUUGUAUUCUGUUGUAUCUUUGUUGUUGAUCUGUUGUAUUAUUACAUGUGGUUUAAUAUCCGUUUCUAUUCCUAUAUAAAGCACUUUAUUCUUUUGCAUUGUAGUAUUAAUCAUUCUGUUUGAAAUUAAAAUAAUAUACAAGUAAAGAUUGCUAGUAUGUUUUUGCAAA